AUGGCUACCGACGAGGCAGAGGGCGACUCGGCAACAGCCACGCGGCAGCAGCCCAUCGUCAUCGGCGAUCUGCCCGCGCGGUUCAUCCCUUCUGCUCCGCCAGCGCCGGGAAAGGACGACGGCGGCAAGACGCGCACCGGCAAGAAGAACAAGAAGAAGCAGAGGCAGAAGCAGCCGACAACGAAGCGCCUCAUCAUCGUCGGCGACGUCCACGGACAUCUGGCGGCCUUGCGCGCCCUCCUGACCAAGCUGGAUUUUGACAACUCCCGCUUCAGCCCCGACGGUCGCCACACCGCCAAUGCCGAGGCUGACACCGCCGAAACCAGCAGCGGCAGCGACCACCUCGUCCUGGCCGGAGACAUUGUGACCAAGGGACCCGACAGCGCUGGUGUAGUGCAGCUGGCCAUGGACCUCGGGGCGAGCGCCGUGCGUGGCAACCACGAUGAGAACGUGCUGCGGGCCGCGGGCCGCAUCUCUUCGCUGCAGGCUACGGCAGAGGAGCAGGAAGAAGCAGACGAGGGCGGCGACGAGGGCGGCGAAGCCGUCGACAGCGUUCUAGCGGAGAAAGAAGCUAAGGCUGCGAACGAACACGCCCGCGCUGUGGCCCGCACCCUGUCCAAAGCGCAGCUUAACUGGCUCGCCGCGCUGCCCAUUGCCCUGCGCAUUAGCGGGGGACUUCCGGGCGCCACCACACCGCCGUGGAACGCUGGGACCAUCGUGGUUGUGCACGCGGGCCUGGUGCCGUCGGUGGCCCUCGAGAAGCAGGACCGCUGGGCGGUGAUGAACAUGCGGAGUCUGGUGUACCAUCCGCGCCGCCCCCACUACCACCUCUCCAGCGUCGAAGCCCAAGCCACGGCGGCCUCCGAGGCGGCGACGGAGGAAGCUCGCCACAAGAAAAAGAAGAAGCCCGCGGCUGUGGUGCCGGUCGACAGCCGCGAGGGCGAGCCAUGGAGUCAUGCGUGGAACCGCGCGCAGAACGCCAUCAGAACCGAGCAGGACCGCGUCGUGGUCGUCUACGGCCAUGACGCAAAGGCCGGCCUGCAGGCGGACCUAGAGAACAAGAAAAAGAAGAAGGCGCCGCACAAGCACGCUAAGGGCAUCCGGUACGCCUUUGGCCUCGACUCUGGCUGUGGCCACGGCCGCCAGCUGUCUGCGCUGGUCAUCGAAGCUGUUGCGGCUACGGCCAGUCCCGAAGGAGACGGUGAGGGAGUGCGCAUCACUCAUCGUAUUGUGCAGGUUGAUUGCGGCGGCGGCGAGGGGAAGUAG